AUGAAUUCUCUUUCCGAAAUAUCGUGCUACCACGAAACCCUCAAGGGAGCUCGUUUACAUUUCACGAAGAGCGGAAAUCGAUCGGGGGAUCUGAUUAUUCUUCUUCAUGGCCUCGGUGGAUCCACAGAAACAUUUCGAACAAUUUUGCCUGCGCUUUUACCUGAAAAAAAUUGUCUAGUUAGUGUUGACCUGGAGGGAUUUGGCAAGUCACUUCUGUCGUCUGCAGAUCCCAUUCUCUCCAUUCCUCGAUAUGUCGACGACCUGGAACAUCUCGUGGCAUCUCUCCAGGGUACUUCAGAAGAGCUCUCCAAAGGACAAAUACUAUUCAUCGGCCACAGCCUCGGCGCUAUCAUCUCGUUGCACUACGCCGCUCGGUACCCUGAUAAAAUUCGUGGACUCGCUCUCCUGGGGGCGGGCCGUUCGUUCUCCCACAUCCCAGCCGCACGAGAGCGAAUGUUAAGGCUAGCAGCCACAACUCGAGAAAAGGGCAUCGAAGCUGCGGCAGAAAUUGCAGUGACCUCCAACUUUCCCUCGGACGUUGUCGUCGCACUCAAAAUGCGACAAAUCGUACGAGACGCUGUUUUGAGCUGCGAUGCCGAGUCCUACGCUCGGGCGUGUGAGGCUAUUGCAGGCCUUGAUCAUUUGGAUCCAGAUUAUGGAUCCAUAUGUGCCCCCACUCUGCUUUUAUCCGGAGGAAAUGAUGUUAUAUCACCCCCAGAAAGGUCUGUUGGUCUUCAGGAAGUUAUUGGAGACAAUGCGUGGGUAGAAGUUCUUGGGGGAGUUGGACAUCAAAUAAUUAUACAAGAGCCGGCCCUAACCACCAAGGCCAUCAAUGUGCUUUUAGAGAAAAUCGAUAAAUAG